CGCUGGAGAUGUUCAAGUUUUAUGUGCUCUUGGUUCGUCUCUUUGGAGCUUAUGGCGCUCUGCUCUACGCUAGGCCCGGACAAAAUGUGACUCUACCGUGUUUCCAUGCCUCCAAGGCCAACAAUCUGUGUUGGUACAAGCAGGUUGCAGGGGGGCAACCUCAGAUAAUAUCCUCAUACUAUAUACAUUCCCCUGACACCAACAGAUUCCACAACCAGUUCAAAGGCAACAAACGCUUUUCGGUUCACACUGGAGAACGGUUCUACCAUCUGAACAUCUCUAAUGUCCAAGACUCGGAUUCAGCUAUGUACUACUGUGGACAUACCAAUGUUGUAAUCACCGAAUUUGAUAAUGGAACGUUUUUGGUUUUGAAAGGCUCAGAGUCCAGCCACAGGUCUUUCCUCCAGCAGCCGGCGUCAGACUCUGUGAAGCCAGGAGACUCUGUGACUCUGAACUGCACCGUGCAUACUGGAACCAGUGACACAGAACACAGUGUGUACUGGUUCAAAAAGGAGAAUUCAAGUAACUCACACUUGGGAAUUAUGUACAUUAACACCCACAGCAGCAGCAGCAGCAGUCAGUGUGUACGGAGCCUGGAGCCUCCUGCACAGAGCUGUGUGUACAGCUUAUCCAAGAGGAAUGUCAGCCUGUCUGAUGCUGGGACGUACUACUGUGCCGUGGCCUCAUGUGGAGAGAUACUGUUUGGGAACGGAACAAGACUGGAGGUUGGAGGGCAACAGGGUGACAUUUAUCCUCUCUGGAUGCAAUGCUUGGUCGCAGUUCUGCUUGUGUCUGUUAUCUUGAACAUUAUCCUAAUCGGUGUCCUCUGCAAAAUGUCCAGGAGGAAAUAUCUCCAUUCUCAAGGUAGAAUUGAUUCAUAUUUAUUAGAGGAAAAGUCUGUUUGUUUUAAUGGGGAUGCAAGUCUGCAACCCCGCUUGAGUGUCCCAGAAGACACCUCUGACAGUCAAAAUGAGGAAUCUGAUGCUAUGCAGUACGUAGCUCUGGACUUCAAGAAGAGGCAAAGCAAGAGCAGGAGACAGAGGAGCCCAGAGAAGGAGACCAUUUACAAUGGAGUUAGACUGUCCGACCUGAAGUGACCACACUUUCUUCACCUCCCACCAACUCCUGUAAUUUCAAUUUGUAUUAUAAUAUUUUUAUUAAAGAUGCUUAAUUUGAAAUUCAUGGUA